GAGUAUUUUAUAAGUUUGUCUCCAGACAUCAUUGUAAGAACAACAGUAUAAUUUGCAACUUUUAUUAUGAAAAUGAAGUUUUCUGCAAUUUUUUUGCUUUGCUUUGCUGUAGUAGCAUUGAAUACAGCAAAUUCAGCUCCAUUAAAUAAUACCAAGCAUGAAGUAUUACUUCAACGAUUACGUCGUCAAACCCAAGAAAGUGUCAAUCAAGAUUUAUGUGCAAUCUUUGGAGUAUGUGAUGGACAGUCGGGUGGAAAUGUCGGUAAUAAUAAUAAUAAUCAACAAAACCGUCCCAAUGUGAUUCCCACAAAUCGUCCUGGUCGCCCAAAUCGUCCAACAAGCACCCGUCGUCCCGAUGUUGUACUAACAGAUCGUCCUAAUCGCCCAGGCGGUGGAAAUCAAAAUCGUCCAAUCCCAACACAACGUCCUAAUUUACCUGGUGGAAUACCAACAAAUCGUCCAGGACAAGUGUCAACAAGUACUCCAUCGACGACUGUUUUAGGGGAUGAAGCAUAUGGACGUUGUAUCACGAUGUGUCAAGGUAUUUCCAAUUUUAAUCCGGUGUGCGGAUCAGAUGGUGUUACUUACGAUAAUCUUUCGAAGUUGCGAUGUGCAGCAUCUUGCGGACGCCCAAAUGUAACACAAACAAGAUUGGGAGCCUGUUAAUGAAAAUCAAAUAAUUUUAAUUAUAUACAAAAUAUUAAUAUUCAAACAAAAUUAAGCUUUAAUUAAAUGACAUAAGUGCUGAUUAAUGUGAAAAAUUAAAACAUAUAAUUACGAAAUUUAUAAUAAUUUAAUUUGUUAAAACUUAAUAAUUCAUUUUCUGAAUAUAAAUUGAUAAAGAUCUAUCGAUUAUGAUUUAAAUAAUCUUAAUAGAAGCACAAAUAAUAACCGCUAUUAGUAAACUAA